CAUACCGAUUUCGAAUUACGCCCGUAAUCCUAAUCAACGUUGCAUUACGCCCGUAAUCGAGCCCCUAAUCCUAAUCAACGUUGCAUGGAAACUCUUGGAACUUUCUCAACUCUUUCUCUUUCCCCCCCCUGCCCCCAAACUCCUCUCGUCCGAAAGCACCGCCAAAUUUCCCACUCAAAGGCGUAACGCUAAAACCAGAGCGCCAUUUCAUAUCGGUACCACUUGAACUGGCGCCCCAAGAUACAGAGAAAUGGCAGUCGAAACCGAGGCCGCAACCGCCCCGAACUUGGCGGCCCUUGCCGACACCGACAUCAAUUGGGACAGGUUGGAUAAGACUAGGUUUCAUAUGAUUGGGGCCAUUCUCUUCACUGCUCAGUCAGCUUUACUACAUCCGACAGCUGUUGUAAAGACUAGAAUGCAAGUAGAUGGUUCUGGACUCUCUCAUAUGCGUGGCGUAACAGUAUUCAAACAGAUACUGAAAAAUGAUGGUAUCCCGGGUAUUUUUAGAGGAUUUGGCACUUCUGCUGUUGGAUCGUUACCAGGCAGGGUCCUGGCAUUGACUUCACUAGAAGUGUCAAAAGACAUGAUGCUUAAGUACACCGAACGCCUAAAUAUGUCUGAAGCAACACGAGUUGGCAUUGCAAAUGGAGUGGCAGGCAUGUUGUCGAAUUUAGUUUCCUGCGCAUACUUUGUGCCUUUGGAGGUGACUUGCCAAAGGCUCAUGGUACAAGGGCUUCCAGGGACUACUUUUUGCAACCGGCCAUUUGAUGUUGUACGUAAAGUGAUAAAGGCCGAAGGAUUUCGCGGGAUGUAUCGGGGAUUUGGAUUGACAGCUGUGACCCAAUCUCCAGCAUCUGCACUUUGGUGGGGUGCCUAUGGUGCUGCCCAGCACAUUAUUUGGAGGAGCCUGGGUUAUAUAGACAAUAUGGAACAGAAACCAUCCCAUAUGGAGAUGGUGUCGGUGCAGGCUACAGCAGGAAUGCUUGCUGGUGCUUGUUCCUCAGUUAUUACCACUCCCCUGGAUACUGUAAAAACACGGCUGCAGGUGAUGGAUGACUAUGGUGUUGGAAGACCGUCGGUAGUUAAGACAACAAAAACACUCCUCAAGGAAGAUGGAUGGCGGGGCUUCUACAGAGGGUUUGGACCGCGCUUCUUAAAUAUGUCACUCUAUGGAACUACAAUGAUAGUCACUUAUGAACUGAUAAAGAGAUUGUCUCUGAAGCAAGCUUGAUAAACUGCAGCCAAGGAGGUGAAUACCGGCUAUCGUUUGGUAAACUCGUGCUUGGCGGAAGCGUAUUGUGAAACUGCAUAUUCAUUUGGUGAUCAUAGAGAGUCCUUCAGAGUUCAGAGGUCAUAUGGAAGCAGUGCCGGCGUAGUGUGAUAGAACGGGGAUUGUAACACUCUUUAUGGUUUCCAUCCUUGGUUUUCCUUCUCUCAUAAAUCUUUUAUUGUUUCCAUCCUUUGUGGUGGAGGCGGCUUUAUUAUUAUGUCUUCCCACUUCUUUCUGUUGGAAUCUUCACAAAUUCUGCUAGUUUGUUUUCGUACUCCCAAUUUUUCAGCGUUAUAACAUGAGGUUAUUUCA